AUGAGGUCGUGGCUAGCGACGCUGCUUUCCUUCUCCGGGAUUACCUUAGCCGUCGGCGGUGGAUAUGCCAUGGGCGGAGGCUGUGGAUGCGGUCUACCCCCGCCACCACCACCGUGCCCUCCACCCCCACCCAUGCCAAUCUGCCCGCCACCCCCUCCACCAUGCCCUCCCCCUCCAAUAUGUCCUCCAACAUUCUGUCCCCCUCCUCCAAUAUGUCCACCCCCACUACCUCCUCCACCACCCCCAAUGUGUCCUCCUCCACCCCCGCCCUCACCCUGCGGCUACCAAACGGCCAUGUUACCUUAUCAACCACCACCGCAACCCAGCUAUCAAGUAGCUCCAUCCAAUGAUUGUUGUUGCCAAUGUGGGUCACCGUGCCGCUUCAGAGGACGUGCUCGGACUCACGGUGCCAGAAUCUUCUCAGCGUUGGCGGCUGAAGUUGAUGAAGACCCAACUUGUAACAAUGAGAAGUUGAGGAAUAUCAUCACUGAGGUAAGCCAAGUAAAACAGCAGUAUUUUUUACUAACUUUACCUGAAAAUUAAUGGAACUCAACCUACAAAAUCCGAAAGUACAGUAAUUUUAAUUUCAGAACAUUGACAAAGACCCCACGAUCUCGAAACGUGCCAUUCAGUCGGCGGCCGAAGAGAAGCUGUUCGCCAAGAUCAACGUGAUCUGUGGAAAGGAAGACUUCAGCUAUGUCAUCUACACUGACACUUACUGUCAGGCUACGGUAGGCGAGGUGACGUGCUACGCUUUCCGACCAUUGGGACCAGGACCAGCUGAGGAAAACUAA